UUGCGCCGAGGGCCCGGGCGGGAGCCUCACAGCUGCGGUGUGAGCCAGAGACGCGCGGGUCCGAGUUCCUCGUGCAGUUCUCGCCGUCUGGGUUCGCAUUCGGGUUGCUUAGGACCGAAGUGCUCAUGACAGAGCUAUAAGGAGGAGAGAAUCUAUUCCGGUGAGCCCAGGCCGUCCCGGAAAUGCGAUGGCCGUGGAGCGGGCUCCGGAGACCAGACUGAGGCUGUGUUUCAAACCAACCUAGAUUCUCCUACUUGAGAUAAAGAGUUCUGGAGGCCACCAGUAAAAAUGGCAUGCUCCACAUCAACGCCCCAUCAGCUGAAGGCAUGACAACUCAGGAACACACAUGGACUUGUUACACACAGAAAUGUGUGCACAGAAAAAGGAAACCUCUAGUUCUUUAGAAGAAAGAAGUCAUUCUUCACCAAAAUGGGAAAAGUCUCAGGAUAGCAUGUAUCUUCAGUACUGUAAAGUCUGCCAAGCGUACAAGGCGCCACGCUCACAUCAUUGCCGGAAGUGUAACAGAUGUGUAAUGAAGAUGGAUCACCACUGUCCCUGGAUCAACAACUGCUGUGGUCACCAGAACCACGCCUCAUUCACGCUCUUCCUCCUGUUGGCCCCUCUGGGCUGCAUACAUGCUGCUUUCAUCUUUGUGAUGACAAUGUAUACACAGCUUUAUAAUCGGCUGUCCUUCGGGUGGAACACAGUCAAGAUUGACAUGAGUGCAGCCAGGAGAGAUCCUCCUCCAAUUGUUCCCUUCGGAUUGGCUGCAUUUGCUGCCACCUUGUUUGCCUUGGGAUUAGCUUUGGGAACAACCAUAGCUGUUGGGAUGUUGUUUUUCAUACAGAUAAAAAUUAUCCUCAGAAACAAAACUUCUAUUGAAUCAUGGAUUGAAGAAAAGGCUAAAGACCGAAUUCAGUAUUACCAGCUGGAUGAAGUCUUCGUUUUCCCUUAUGAUAUGGGAAGUAAAUGGAAGAACUUUAAACAGGUGUUUACAUGGUCAGGAGUCCCUGAAGGAGAUGGACUAGAGUGGCCAAUACGAGAAGGGUGUCACCAGUACAGCCUAACAAUAGAACAGUUGAAACAAAAAGCGGACAAGAGAGUCAGAAGUGUUCGCUAUAAAGUCAUAGAAGAUUACAGUGGUGCCUGUUGCCCUGUGAACAGAGGAAUCAGAACCUUCUUCACAAGCCCCUGCACUGAGGAACCUCGAAUUCAGCUGCAGAAAGGAGAGUUCAUUUUAGCAACAAGAGGGUUACGAUACUGGUUGUAUGGAGACAAAAUUCUUGAUGAUUCCUUCAUAGAAGGUACUUCAAGAGUAAGAGGGUGGUUUCCUAGAAACUGUGUGGAAAAGUGUCCCUGUGAUGGUGAAUCAGAUCCAGCCCCAGAGGGCGAAAAGAAGAACAGAUAGCCACUGUUAAAGUAUGAUCAUUAAGUCUUCAUUACUUGAAAAUCCACACGUAGUACCUGAGAAUUAUGCAACGAGCCUACUCUGCUUAAGGUAUUCUUUCCCUCAAAGAUGCCCUAGUGCCAUGACUUCAAAAAUUUUUAUUACCAUUUUGAAACAGAAGCCAUUCUGCAUAUGCCUUUGAAUUCCUGCCGUCUUUCCUCGUCUUCCUACUGCAGGAAGGCCGUCCAGCCGAGUGAGCAAGUUGCCCUUUCUGUGUGCCGCCGCCGCACAUCUGUCUUCACCUGCAGCUCUGAGUCCUCACUGGACAGGAGCACCUUGCAUGUGGUUAUUCUGUUUCUUCCUCAGUUGACAUUUCCUUCCUAAUAUUCUAAAGACUGUAAAAUUUGUCAGAUUCAAUAUAAACUCAAAUUUGGUUACUUUUAAUAAUGCAGAUUUUGUCAAAUCCAAUAAAAGUCAAUGGAUGUUCUGUAAAAAUUAUA